AACUGUGAGUUCAGUAAAACAUUCCUUAGCUCUGUAGAUAAGGUGUCUUUCUGUUUUUUAAAUCUCGAAACCUUAUAGCUAACAAAGUGAAAAUUCGUUCCCUUUGGUUGGAACUGCAGGUCCUAUUUCUUCUGCGGCGAGUGGCUAGCAGCCGACCGCGGGGACGGGCAGGUGGUGAAGACCUUUCCUGUUGCCUCUGAGCAGGACCUGCAAUCCAUCGGGUUCCUGUUCCCGGCAAGUCUGCGGAGCAAUCUGGCAGAGGAACACCUCUUCCUGUCCGUCGCUAUCAUGCCUGAAGAUAGCACGUUCACCCGCAGCCAGAGGCUCGGCUGCUGCCUGAGUCUCCUCUUCAUGUCCAUGGUGUACAGCGCCAUGUGGCUAAGGGACGAAAUAAAAACCCAGGUUGUGCAGGCCGUCAACCUGGGGCCAUUCUCCUUCACCCUGAAUGGAGUCUACACGGGAAUCAUGGCCAGCCUUACCUGCCUUCCCGUUAUCGGGGCCAUAGUCCUGCUGUUCCAGUACAGCCGACCUAGCAACAAGGGCGACCGCCGGGUCAGAGACGUGGAGACGGGUGACUCAGCUGAGGCACCCACGCAGCAAGAACCAGCCAAGGGCCUGCCACACUGGUGCAAGUACGUGGCCUGGGUGCUGGUGGUGCUGUCUGCCUUGGGGUCAGCUGUCUUCACCGUGCUGUACAGUUUGUACUGGGGCAAGGAGAAGUCCGAGAGGUGGCUGUCUGGGUACUUCCUGGCUUUUUGGGCGGACUUCUUCGUCAUGCAACCAGGAAAGAUAUUGCUACUCACCAUCGUGACCUGCUUUGUUGGCAAGACGCAAGCCGUCAAGAAGAUUUUUAAAAAGAAGCGGGGCCCCGCUCUAAUUAAAUCCAGCAUGGUGUCUUCACAAAGGGAGGCAGGUUUCAACUGCGAUGUAUUUCGCAUGAGGAGGAAGAUGGAGCGACUUUCAAUGAGGUCCCUUGCCAACAUCAAACAAGCGAGAAUGAGGCAGCGCAGGGACAGGAGAUUUGGGGAAACCGUGUGGGACAUCGCGUGGUUCUGCUGUUUCCUCCUGCUCGUGCUCAGCAUCGUCAACGAGUACCACAACACCACAGAGGGUUUCUAUCAGACACUGAGCACAACCAACACCUUCCUGCAGUCUGUGGACGACGUAAAUGAUCAUCUCACCUUCUGGUCUUGGCUGAACACCACCGCUCUGCAGAGCUUCUACCCGGAGACUUCCUACAAUGACGACAAGCCCCGCUGGUUUGAGAGGGGCUUCACAGCAGACAUGCAGACAGUCUUGGUCUACCCACCUAGCUUGAUCCAAGGCCGAGUAAAGCAAGGUGGGUGGAACCACUUUAUGAAACACUUUCUGUGGGCUUGCAUGACAUGCCUCAAUAACUGUGCGCGGUGCCUGUGA